AUGCCCUGCUCACCCACCCACAGAUAUCCCCAAAAAAGUCCAAGAGGACCUGCCGAGACGAAAGGGCCGAAGGACCCUGCGGCAUUGCUUUGUCGAAUGCCUGUUGGAAGCAGAUUCAACCAUGUUCAUGCAAGAGCGCCUUCGUUCUCAUCACGGGUUGACCAGGCCAGGAGAAAACCCCCAUCUCCGCAAAGCCCCACCAAAGACCGCUUUGCCAUGAUUCCUUCGUACUGCGUAAUUAAUGGCGUAGCGCAGCUGGCGGAUCUCGCCUUGCCCGAAGUUAGGUGCUCUUUUGGGGAGCAGCAUUACGGGAGGCGAAAAGGGUGGAAAGAAAUUCCCGAAGCGAAUUCUAAAAUGAGCAAAGAAGAAACGAUGAAAGAAAGAGCCCCGCGUUCCACUGCCAAACGAGGUGGCUAUAGGCCAGCCUACUCGAGACCGCGGAAGGCGGAAGGGAUGAUAAUGCGAGCGACGUUUGUACUUGUACCUCGAAGAGAAGGGAGGGUGUGGGAAAGACGGAGAGUGCUGUACAUUUUCAUUUUUUGUGGUCAAGUGGGCGCAGGAUGUACCCGAGACCUUCUUGCUGUCGACAAGUUCAAUUCUCACUCAAACUCGAGAGAUAGAAGGCAGCAAAACCGCGGAAACUUAACUUUCCAAGCAUUCAAUUUCUGGUCGCGAGAUGCAAGCAGAACACGCAAGGCUAGAGACCCCCAGUAA